UUCUAAAUUUAAGUGCCGCUGGAGCAGCAGGAGUCGCGGCACUCGGCAUAGCAAUACAAGUGAAUCGAGCACAAGACCCGUGGUUGUUCGGGCGGAAACGGAAACGGGAGCAACGGAAUACCGGAACACGAACCGGAUACACACAAUGUGCGUGUGCAGUGAAAUGGAGUGAAAACGCCAAAGACCAAGAAUUAACAACCUAAUAAACUUAUUAAACAAAAAAAAAACCCCGUGUACGCAGUAUUUAAACAAAACACAGAAAGCUCCCCCGAAAAGAACAACAGGACACAUACACACACACACACACACACACACACACACGGGACUGUGUGCGUGCGGGUGUGCGGGUGCAUGAGUGUGUGAGGGAAUUUCCUGCUGGCAGAUAGAAAUACCGUUAGAUAAAAACAGGAAACGGAAGCGAGCGAAAUGGACAGCUCGCCGGAUUUGUCGCUGAAGCUGCGACGCGGCAGCAGCGAUUCGCGUGACAACUUUUACAUGGACUUUGCCCAGGGCAUCGACUCCGACAUCGAAGAGGUGGACACAGCCCAGUCGCAGGGUCAGGGUCAGGAGGUGCCUCCCCCGCCGCCGCCACUGCCCACAGUCUCGCUGGCCGAGGAGGUGAUGCUCCUGGUGGCCCCGCCGCCGCCGCCACUGCCCACGCUUCUGGGCCAGCCGCUGCCCACGCUGACGGAGACGGAUGACAUACCGCCAACGCCCACGCCGCCGCCGCAACAGGACGAGGAGGGGGAGGAGGAGGAGCCCGAAGAAGAUGAAGAGGAGGAAGAGGAGGAGGAGGAGCCGGAACCCGAGGAAGAGGGAGCUGGCUCUGUGCUGGAGCUGGACCUAAUACCGCCGCCGCCAUUAUCCCCGCUCGAUGAUGCCGGCCUGCGGACCGAUGACGAUGGCGAGGGCGAGGAGACCGAUGACGCCGAGGAGCCAGUGCCCAUGCCACUGCUCCAGGACCAGCAGCAGUCCCAAGGAGCCCAAGAAGAGCAGGAAGAGAAUCCCGAGGAGGAGAAGGAAGACUCCGAUGACGAGGACAAGUCAACGCCACCGCCACCACUGCCGCCGCUGCCAUCGAAUCUCUCCUAUGUCCAGGGACACAAUCUCGGCCAGCCGGUGGUGACACCGCCGCUCACCAAGUCGCCAUCCACUUCCCCCUCGCCGCCCGUGACUCCGCCGCCGUGUCCCGAGCUCAACCUUAGCCGGAUGGUGUCCUCGCCACCGGCUCAGCACAUCAGCCAGAUACCGCCGCUGACGCCCUCGUCCGAGAGCGAGAACGAGGCCGAAUCCCAGCCCAAUUCGCCGCCUCUUCCCAAUCCUCGACUGGAACCCGAACCCGAAGCCGAAGCCGAACCAGAACCGGAACCAGAGCCCGUGAGUGGAGCUCGCGAGGAUUACAGUCGUUCGUUGGACAACGAGGAUGAGUCCACCACGAUCACCACGCCGCCAAGCAAUGGCUAUUCGGCCUCCUCGAUCAUAGCGCCACCGCCAGAGCAUUUCGGGGAGUUGGACGAGGACAGAGGCUUUAUACCGCCACCGCCCUUGGACCAGGCGGAUGAGGAGGAGGAGGAGGUGGAGGAGGAGGAGCCUGAGCAAGACCCCGACGAUGAUGAGGAGGAGGAGGAAGAGCUGACCAAGGUGGAGACGGAUGAGCUGUCUGUGGACAGGGAAUCACUGCAGGAGCAUCACGGUGAUACCAUUAGCUCGCCUCGAGCGGCCAGCAUAGCUAGCGGUGCUCUGGCCGGCCUCACUGGCUCCAUAUCCGCGUCCAUCGGUGGCGGGUCACCGAAGCCCGAGAGCCGCGGACCCAGUCGCAGUGGCAGCCAGAGAUCGCAGCAAGUGAGGGGAUCACAGCAAGGAUCACGUCCGGGCUCACAGCCGGGAUCGCGGGCUGGCUCUCAGCCUGGUUCCCGCAUUGGCUCACGCACGGGAUCCGUGGCCUCGGCCGCCCACGCUGCCGGCAUCCUCUCGCCACAGGCCUCACUCAAAUCCCAGACAUCGGUGCGCAGUCCUGCGGUGUCCAUCAAGUCGGGAUCACAGCGCCAGAGCGUACAGAGCCCGCCGGCCGGUGAGGGUGCUCCGGCCAUGCCAUCGCCACCACUGAUGCGUAGCCCGCCGCCGGAGCUGGCACGCCAGAUGCACAGUCCGCCAAGGAUCACAACACCGCCGCGGGUCUGCAGUCCGCCGCUGGUCAGCAGCCCACCCAAGCUGGCCGAGACGGCAGCCGCCGCAGCUGCAGGAGUCAGCAAGGAGCAGGCCAGCUCCUUAAGUUCCGCGGCUGGUGCUGCUGCUCCCGGUGAGCCCUUGGAGCCACCUCUGGCCACCAUUAGCUACCAGGAUGAGCAGAAGCCGAAGUCAGCGCCUGCGCCUGUCCCCGUGGUCACCAGCCAGCCGGCCCGGGCUCACUUUACAAGCAGUCACCAUCACUACCACUUGCCGCACCAGUUCCAGCAUCCCCACCAUCAGAAUCAUCACACGCACAGCGUCCGGGUGCCCACGCCCACGGUGCCCAGCAGCUAUGCCCCACCGCCGCCGCCGCCGGCAUCGUCUUCGGAGGAAGGCAGCUCACCCGGUGAACAGCGACGUCGCCUGAUGAAACCCGCUUCCGUUUCCGUUUCCGGUGCCGGUGCCGGACUGCUGGCCGCCACAUCCGCAUCCUCGGCUGGCCCAGAUCUGGCCGUGGCCGUGUCGCCGGGCAGGGUAUCGGCUCGCUCCGGUUCGCAGCAUCAUGUGACCAUCGAUGAGUCGAGUUUGCCGCGCAAGAGCAGCAUCCAGGAGACACCAGGACCCAGUGGCUUGAUCGUGGGCUCCGGUGAGGGUGAUGGAGAUCGGGAUAUUGGAGGCGGAGGCGGCGGCGGCGGCGGAGGUGGAGGCGAUAGCUCCGAUCCGCCAUCAUCACCGGGAGGAUGUGAGCUGGGAGGCAGCCAGCGGGAGGAGGGGCAGCUGGCAUUGAUGUAUCACUCGCACCAGUUGACCAAUUAUCCAGUGCUGCCAGCCAUCAAGCGGACCCAUCGACCAUCCUUUGUGUAUCCUCCAAUGCCGAGGGUCAAGGCUGGCGAUGCCUUGGCCACUUUGUUCUCGGCACUUUAUGGCAAACUGUUGGUGGUUAUGGGCAUAGCCUUUCCCAUGGCCGAGGUCAUCUCCACAUACAUUCCACCAUCGUUCUAUGAGGUAUACUAUUUGUAUUUGUACAUAGGCAGCAUGAUCUUCCUGCUCUUUAUGUACGCCACCUUGCUCUGGGGACGUCCCAAGUUGCCAGUGCCCAUAGCCACCUCCCCCAACAAGUCGACGACCAAGGCCAGUGGCACGGACAGCAUGGAUGAAUCGGAUACGGAUAGCAACUCGGUGCAUCGUCGUCUUCCUCCGCCGAUUCCAGUGCGGCGUCCAUCGUUGCUCUCCCCCUUGGGAAGGCAGCACCACUAUGGCAGCUUCUAUCUGCGCAUGGGAGCUGUGGCCUUUGGCAUUGGCAGCAUGAUCUAUUCCGGCCUGGAGUUUGGUCAGUACUUUGAGCUAAACCCGGAUACCAAGUGCCAUAAUGUCCUGCUGGCCUUGACACCGGCCACAAGGAUGGCCUUCAUCUUCAUCCAGAUGUACUUCAUCUUUCUGAACAACGAACAGAUCAAGGUGUAUCGCUACAAGAUCAUCGCUCGCUUCGGCCUGAUGCACAUGAUCGGCACCAAUCUGGCCGUUUGGCUCAAUGUCCUCAUCCAGGAGACGAAGCACGAGAUUCUCACCUUCUACAAUCCGGAGAAUCGAACGCUGAGGAUCUCGCACAGGAUACCGGGACAUUCGCGUGGACAUGCCAUCAUACCGCACGAUCCCACGGCGCAUCUGAGGGUGCCGCGUGGCCUCAAAGGACCGUACCAGAUCUUCGAGUGCCGCCGCACAAAUAUCAUUGGAACUCUGGUGCAGGACGCUUCCCCGUUCCUGUUCCCCUGCACCAUCGAGUACUCGCUGAUCUGCGCCGCCAUCCUGUAUGUGAUGUGGCGCAGCAUCUCGCGGCCACAGUCACCGAAUACACCCCAGCGUCCGGACAUGAUCAGUUCGCCGAUGAAGCGUUCGCCGCAUCACUACUCCGUGGACUGUGCCCGUGCCCACAAGGGCCUCUUCGUGGGCAUCCUCAUCCUGGUGCUGACCAUCAUCUCGCUGAUCAUCUUCUUCGUGCUGAUCUCGCGACCGGAAUUCGUGGCCAUGGCCGUGACGGAGGUGACCAUUUGUGAGUUGCUCAUCUACGGCACGGCCACGAUUGCCACUCUGCUGGGGAUGAUACAGAUCCGGCACUUGCAGUACGAUGCAUACAGGAGCUUCUCCCUGGACGACAUCCUGUUGGUGGGCGCCCAGACGGGAUCCUUUCUGUAUAAUAUUUUCACGGUGAUUGCCGGACACUUUACACUGCGCAGCGACGACAUGCUGGUCCCGAUCAAUGCCCUCGCCUCGAUCGUUCAGACCGCCUGCCAGACGAUGUUCAUCCUGGACGCCAGCCGGCGGCAGGCCGUCAGUCCGGAGCACAUAAGGAAGAAGCCGGGACGGGAGAUAGUCACCUUUAUGCUGGUGGUCAAUCUGGCCAUGUGGGCCAUUAGCACGCUGGAGAAAUCCCGAGCGGAAUCGCAUCCCAUUCAGUUGAACUUCUACGGGCUGUGGGCCUGGACGAUCAUUACGCAUGUAUCGAUGCCUCUGGCCAUCUUCUACCGAUUCCAUUCGACGGUGUGCCUCUGCGAGAUCUGGAAGAGGGCCUACAAGCUGAAGCCCACGUACAUGUGAGAGUUCGCCCGCUCGCGCAUCCAGAGCAUUGCGCAGCAGCAGCAAUUCUGUGAGGAUCUCAAGACGAACCUGUCCUACUGCUAUUGCUCCACAACGCUGGCGGGCGGUGAGCUGGAGACCGUCGAGGAGGUGGACAGUGGCGAGAGUAAUUCAGCCGAGGAGCAGGCAACGGCCGGGGGAGGAGCACCAGGAGCACCAGGAGCAGCAGGAGCGGGAGCGGGAGUAGGAGCAGAAGCUGGACAGGAUGAGGAAGGGGAGCAAGGCGGCGACAGCUGUGGACUGAGGGCACCCAUCCGGGCGCUGUCGCCGCAAUCUCUCAACACGGAGAAGGCCUUCUGUCCGGUUUACGUGAUCAAUGGCGAAUGAGUUUACGCGCAUUUUGAGUUCAUCGACGCCCUCAGCGGCCAUGAGCUCAGCUUUGUCUAGGACAGGCUCCAGCACCACCAUUAAUUAGCACCACCAUCACCCACCAAGACACCAUUUGAGAUACCAUUUGAGAACCACCAAAGAUGAAGAACCAACCACCAAACCCCCCCGGAAGCGGAUGCCAUUUCCUCCCCAAAAACAUAUCCCAGAGAAGAGAUAUAGAAAGGCAAAAACAAAAGGAAUAAGAGAAGAACAGAAAAGCUUUCGAAAAAGUGGUUGCGUAUACGCAAUAUACGAGCAAUACAGCAAAUAAUGCGUAUACGCCCUGUGUGCCAGGGUUUUGAGCAUCAAAAACGAAGUUCGAGGAAGAGAUCAGGCGGAAAUGCCAGUUAUUUGUAGCCGUAGCAAACAGAGAGAGAGUAUUCAUGUUCAGCAUCCCAUAUAUAUAUAUUAAUGGAAAGUUACAACAAAAUUCACACGAAUAUAUCAAAAUGGUUAGGCUCGCAAAUGGAAAACAAGCAUUUUAUAUGUUUAUAUAUACACUAUAUAGAACUGAAGGAGAGACAGUAGCAGAAUCAGGAUCAGAAUGAGCGGGUUGUUGCCUCAUCUGUAGGCUAAACUAAGGAUCAGCAAAGGCAUGGCAGCCAUAACCAGGAUAAAAGGAUAUUUACUCGAUAUAUUUCCGGAAACCAAAGAGGUUAAUAAGCAAAGCAAUCGUAGAAGAGGAUAGAACCUCCAGGAGAAGUCAUUGAACCCCACCAGAACACACACACCAGACGAGGAAUCGAGGAAAAGCAAACACUGGACUACCAAGUAGACAGUUGACACACACACUCUCCCAGUUUAGCACCUAAGGAUAUUAAAACAUAUAUAUACUCACACAUGCAUAAUGUAGAUGUUCGAUGAGAGUCCUCUUUUGGAAAUCCCCUCCCCCUUAUAUAUUGUUGAGAUAUUACGUUGAUCAUUAAGCGAAUCUGUUGAAGCAGCCGAAGAGGAUGUUGUUCGGUGUUGUUAGGAACCUUGUUUCCUCCCACUUUUCAUUCUUUAUAUUAUGUGAUAGGCAGCGUUUGUGUUUGUGCUUGUUUCCCUCAAAAUACACACAUAAUUCAGUAUUAAAAAGGCUCAAAACUAAGAGAAAGCAAAAAAAGGAGAAUACAACUGGAAGAAGGACAAAUCAGAUUGGAAAGGAAAUCACUUACUGUAAGACGCGCACAAGAGUAACAUUUUAAGGAGAUAGAAAUGAAUAUGAAUGUCUGUUCUUUUUUUUAUAUAGUCUACCAUAAUGGUAUAUAAGGUAUCUAGGAUAUAGACGAUGAUUCCACUUACGACGCGAUGUUUGUAUAUUUUCACAAUGCCAAAGAGUUCUUUACGUAGCCUAUGUUAUGAUUGCCAGAGAUUGGGUUUUCCAUUUGAAUCUACUCACUCAUCCAUUGUAUAUUCAAGAGUUAAAUGUAUUACGAGAAAUGCCAAAAAAAACGACGAACGGAAAUCAUGGAGUCAAGGAGCAAACGAGAAACAAGUAUAUUAUAAUAUAAAUAUAUAUUUAAAUUAAAUUAGUUAUUUCAAUUUUAUACUCGUACUAAAUUUUUAACUAGAAUUAACUGUAAAACUUUAUAUGCAUUUUCUUACAUGUAUUUAUAUAUUGUACACCGACUCGGACCGGACACUGCUCUAAAGAAAUCGAAUAACGAAAUCAAAUUGAAUCCAAAAUCAAAAUUUAAUAUUGAAUUAUAUAUAUAUGAAUUUAUAUUUACAGCCCGAUUGUAUUAGAAUUUAUGGGAAACUAAGUAGUUACGAUGAGCGAUAGUUAUCGAAGACUCAUUAGAGGAACUCCUAUUCCACGUAGAAACCAAUAAAGUACGAUAACAAAAAACCAAAAAGCGAAAUAAAAGUUUGAAAGCAAGCCGAGAAAAAUAUGAAGUUAUACCCGGAACAUUAUUUGUUCACAUUACUCAGUAAAAAACAAAUGAAAAUCGAGAAUUAAAUGUAACAAUUGCAAUUGUGGGACUCACUUCAUAAUCUGUAAUCGAUAGGCCUUCUUCAUAAACCUUUUUUCAGAACUGUACAAGCUCAAGGACUCUUGGGAAUUUAAUUUAAAAUAUUUCCCUUCACUUCUUCAAGGUUUCAUUUCCUAAAAAUGUAAGCUCUUUUUCAUACAUUUCAAAGCUAAAAUUCUUCCUUUGGUCCCAUUAAAAAAUUAUUCAGAUAUUCUUUAGGAAUAUCUGCAGACAUAUAUUCAAGUAGUUUUAGAUUAAGGAUAGAGUUUUCCAUAUUUCCCUUUCGAACCAGACAAACUGUUGCAGUUCCCUUUUCCGUUUUUCAAUUAACUUUAGGAUCUAUAUAUUUCUUUCUGAUAAAUACAGAUUCAAUUCUCCUUUGAAUUUCACCUGAAUUUCGCCCCGAAUAAUACUAAAAACAAAAUACAACUUGGACUAAGCCUAGGAAAAGCAGUUUGUAUUAAGUGUUACAAGUAUUAAUAUGUAUUUACAAUAAUGGCUAUGAAGAUAAAGUUAAACACCCAUAAAAAUCCAAAAUAACAACUAGUCGUCAAUGUUCUGUGUUCCCCAGCAAAUACACCACCACCCAACCAAAAAAAUAAAUACAAAAUAAUAAACGAAACAAA